AACGUGACGUCACCGCGCUGGCGCUCGCGUUCGGCCAUUUUGUGUGUGAAUGAGCGCUCUCCGCUUUCACGGAGUAUUUGUGUUGCGGGCUCGCGGCCAGUGGCGGAGAUAAAGUCGGAUGAUUUAGUUUCGCGUUAGAGGGACACGCUUGCGGCGACGGAUUACAUGCGCUAGAUAGGGGUGCGAUCGACCGCCCGCUCGUCCGCCCGCCCGGCCGCGUUUAAUUUCGUGCAGAACCGUGGAACAGGUACGCGAUGGAGGAGAAGGCGUCACUCAAGGAACUUGACCAGUGGAUAGAACAAUUAAACGACUGCAAACAACUGACAGAAAGCCAAGUGAAAACUCUCUGCGAUAAGGCAAAAGAAAUUUUAGCUAAGGAAUCAAAUGUACAAGAAGUAAAAUGUCCUGUAACAGUAUGCGGAGAUGUACAUGGGCAGUUUCACGACCUGAUGGAGUUGUUCAGAAUAGGUGGCAAAUCACCUGAUACAAACUACCUUUUAUUGGGUGACUAUGUUGAUCGUGGUUAUUAUUCGGUCGAGACUGUCACUUUGCUUGUAGCUCUUAAGGUGAGAUAUCGAGAAAGAAUAACUAUUCUGCGAGGUAACCAUGAAUCGAGGCAAAUUACGCAAGUGUACGGAUUUUAUGACGAAUGCUUACGUAAAUAUGGGAAUGCCAAUGUAUGGAAAUUCUUUACGGACUUAUUUGAUUAUUUACCAUUAACAGCGUUGGUCGAUGGCCAAAUAUUUUGUUUGCAUGGUGGUCUAUCGCCGUCGAUUGACACUUUAGAUCACAUACGUGCUCUAGAUCGUCUUCAGGAAGUGCCACAUGAAGGUCCCAUGUGCGAUUUGCUAUGGUCAGAUCCAGACGAUAGAGGAGGAUGGGGUAUUUCACCUCGCGGGGCAGGAUACACUUUUGGUCAAGAUAUUUCAGAAACAUUUAACCACUCCAAUGGACUAACACUCGUAUCACGAGCUCAUCAGUUAGUUAUGGAGGGAUAUAAUUGGUGUCAUGAUCGCAAUGUUGUGACUAUAUUCUCAGCACCUAAUUACUGUUAUCGUUGCGGAAAUCAAGCUGCAAUCAUGGAACUGGAUGAUGCUUUAAAAUAUUCAUUCCUACAAUUUGAUCCAGCACCAAGACGUGGAGAACCACAUGUUACCAGGCGAACGCCAGACUACUUCCUCUAAGGGAUUAGACUUCAGGGCUAAGUGUCAAGGUAGGGGAAUAAAAAUGCGAUCCUGACUUUAUAGUGACGCCAGACAACAUAACUUACGAUAGAACAUCGCUAAAUAAGUGUGAAGCUCCGACAUGUCUUCACACAUACCACAUAUAGCCCCAAGUAUUAUAUCAUGGCUCACUUUGUGGUGUCUCAUUGAGAGAUAGAAUAGAUUACACGCACGUUUUGUGCGUGCCUUACAUGAUACAUGUAGACACAACAUUACUUGUACACUGAAAAGGAAAAAAAUAAUACAAUAAUGUACACACGUAUCGAUUAAAUUCACUUGUAGCAUUGAG